CUAGUCACCGGUUUAAAUGAGGGGUACAAAGUCAAGUCUCUCUCUCUUUCCCUCACGUCUUCUCCUCCAACCAUCGUCAAUCGCUGCAUCCGAUUCGAUUCCCCUCGCCAUUCCGUCAUAAAGCUUGUACGGUGGUAGUUUUAUCGAUUCGCGGGGAACAUGGCGGCGGCGGCGGCUACGGGAUCGGUGCAGAAAGGAGAGGAGGAGUGGCGUGCGGUUCUUUCACCUGAGCAGUUUAGGAUUCUCCGUCAGAAAGGCACCGAAUAUCCAGGAACCGGAGAAUACGUUGAUUUCAACAAAGAAGGAAUAUACGGCUGUGCAGGUUGCAAGACUCCUCUUUACAAAUCAACCACAAAGUUCAACGCAGGUUGUGGCUGGCCUGCAUUCUUUGAUGGAAUCCCUGGUGCCAUAACCAGAACCGUAGACCCAGAUGGGAGAAGAAUAGAGAUCAAUUGUGCAGCAUGCGGUGGCCAUCUUGGUCAUGUUUUCAAAGGAGAAGGUUUUGGUACUCCCACCGAUGAACGCCAUUGCGUCAACAGCGUCUCGCUCAAGUUCUCUCCCGCAGAGCCUUCCUUGUAAAUCAAUCUUUGGCCUUUUUUCUCUCUCUUUUUUUCACCAAAGAGAGUGAAGAAAAGACAGAAUAAGAAUCAUGCAAGUGUGCCUAUAUAAAUACUGUUGUGAUGGUUUAUCUUUUGCUCUUGUUUGUAUUUGUUUUUUUCUUUUCAAAUAUACAUCAUCUGGGUCAUUUUGUGACACAACUGUAUGAUUUGCACCUAAAUAAAACCCACCUUUGCUAUG